AUGGGUAACGUCUUCGGCAACCUUUUCAAAGGCCUUUUUGGUAAGAAGGAGAUGCGAAUCCUGAUGGUCGGGUUGGACGCGGCCGGAAAGACGACCAUCCUUUACAAGUUGAAGCUCGGAGAAAUUGUGACCACAAUUCCUACCAUCGGGUUCAAUGUGGAAACUGUUGAGUACAAGAACAUUUCGUUCACCGUGUGGGAUGUCGGCGGUCAAGACAAGAUUCGCCCGCUGUGGAGGCAUUACUUCCAGAAUACCCAGGGAUUGAUCUUCGUCGUUGACUCGAACGACAGGGAGCGUGUUGGUGAAGCUCGUGAAGAAUUGAUGCGUAUGUUGGCGGAAGAUGAGCUGCGUGAUGCUGUUCUACUCGUCUUCGCUAACAAGCAGGAUUUGCCGAAUGCUAUGAAUGCGGCUGAGGUCACCGACAAGCUUGGCCUGCACACGCUACGUAGCCGCACUUGGUACAUUCAGGCAACUUGCGCUACAUCCGGCGACGGUCUAUAUGAGGGACUCGACUGGCUCUCCAAUCAGCUCAAGAACCGCAGC